CUGAUAUCAUUCAAGUAUAAAAGGUCAGAAAGAUCCCCAGUUCUUGCUCAUCCCAGCUUCCUCUGAACCGCAACAAACAUCAACACUCAAGCAAUCUUAUCAACCCAAAGAAAUUUCUCCCCACAUUCAUCAUGGCUGACAAGAUGAAAAUCCGCUACACCUACAAGGGCUACGAGGAGUGGCAGGCGUCUGAGCCCCAGCUCAAAAAGCUCAUCCAGGACGAUACCGGCGUUGAGUAUUGGAUUGAAACUAGGUCCAUCCCUCCCAUGGGAAUCCCUCCAAAGUCCUUCUCCAUUUCUAUCAGCCGGUAUGGCAUCAACAAACUCGUCCCGUCAGCUGAAGAAGCCUUGAAGGAUAUGAAAUCAAACACAACGCUUCUCUGUGGUGGCUUUGGCCUAUGCGGUGUUCCAGACUCACUUAUCAGUCAAGUACUUAAAAAGCCUGAUGUCACAGGGCUAACAGCUGUUUCGAACAAUGCUGGAACCGAUGACUUUGGCCUGGGGAAGCUCUUGAAGAGCAGACAAGUGCGCAAAAUGAUUGCAUCUUAUAUCGGAGAGAAUAAGACUUUCGAGAAGAUGUAUCUGACAGGCGAUAUUGAAUUGGAACUCACUCCUCAAGGUACCCUGGCAGAACGCUGUGCUGCUGGUGGCAAAGGCAUCCCGGCUUUCUACACGCCUGCCGGUGUCGGAACUGUUGUUCAAAAUGGCGACUUACCGUCUCGAAACAAAGCCUCGGGGUCUUCUAGUGAUCCUCAGUUCCCGGAUCCCAAAGAUGUCAAGGUAUUUGAUGGCAAGCCGUAUCUACUCGAACGCAGCAUCGCGGGCGAUUAUGCCUUUGUGAAGGCGUUCAAGGCAGAUAAGUUGGGAAAUUGUCAGUUUCGCCUUGCAGCUCAGAACUUCAACGGUCCCAUGGGUCGUAAUGCUAAGAUGACUAUCAUCGAAGCCGAGCAUAUCGUUGAACCUGGCGAAAUUCCCCCGGAGUCGGUUCAUCUGCCGGGUAUUUAUGUGAAGAGAGUCAUCCAAAGCACUGCGGAGAAAGGCAUCGAGAAGUUUACCUGGGCCGAGCAAGAUGACAAGACUUUGGGCCAAGGUGAAGCCGCGGCAAAGAGAGAACGUAUAAUCCGACGAGCAGCGAGGGAGUUCAAGAAUGGCAUGUAUGCCAAUCUUGGAAUCGGUAUGCCUAUGCUUGCAGCAUCUUUCGUUGGACCAGAUGUUGAUGUCCAGCUCCAAUCUGAGAACGGCAUUCUUGGUCUUGGGCCAUAUCCAUCCAAGGAGCGCAGCGAAGCUGAUGCAGAUCUCAUAAAUGCUGGAAAGGAAACAGUCACUUUGAAGCCCGGCGCAUCCGUUUUCAGCAGUGAUGAAAGUUUCGGUAUGAUUCGAAGCGGCCGUAUUGAUGUGACUAUUUUAGGUGCCAUGCAAGUCAGUGCAACAGGCGACUUGGCCAACUGGAUGCUACCAGGAAAAGUCAAAGGCUUUGGCGGUGCGAUGGACCUUGUUAGCAACCCGAGCAAGACUAGGGUCAUUGUCACGAUGGAACAUACAGAUAAGAAGGGCAAUCCCAAGAUCUUGAGCCAAUGUUCUUUUCCCCUGACUGGCCGAGCGUGCGUAUCGCGCAUCAUCACAGAUUUGGGGGUAUUUGAUGUGGACUUUGCAUCGGGCUUGACGCUGGUUGAGAUUGCUGAUGGUGUCACUGUGGAUGAGGUGAAGGUUAAGACUGGGGCUCCUUUUACUGUUGCUGGGCCACUGAAGCUAAUGUCGGGAUCAUGA